GUGGUGCUCGCUUUUUCGGCUGAGUGACUUCAUCUGUAAACUUGAAGAAGAGAUGCAAAAGAGGAGUUGAGCGAGAGAAAAGAGUGAGUGGGAGAGUGAGACCGGGAGAGAGAGAGAGAGAGAGACACCUCAGGAAGAGAGAGAGAGAGAGAGAGGGAGCGAGAGGGGGGAGGAGAGAUCCGUCUCUCCCCGCGCACUUGGCAGUCUAGUUGCGGGCUGCUGAGCUGUUGCUACCGUGGCGUGGCUGGUCGCGCCAGGCGGGGAACUUCACCACACUGGAGCCCGGAGUUCCACUCUCUCACCUGCGCAGUUCGGAGCUGCCAUGGGUCUCUCGCCUGGAUUUAUGGUCCUAGUCAUUCUGCCGGCCUUUCUGCUGCACACCAGCGGCCUUUACAUCGCCAGUAGCGUUGACUCCCUGCAGCACGUCCUGGGGGAGUAUGGACUGGUGAGGCCUGUGAGUGUGGACGCAGAGGGCCGCUUCCUGUCACACGCCGUCUCGGCAGGACGCGUGGCAGGGGGAGGGCAGCCCCGUAGGCGCCAGAAGAGGGAGGUAGGCAACGGCGAUGACCAGUGGGAGGAGCCAAACAAUCGCCACAAAGAGCCAGUGGCCCGCCAAGAAAGGCUUUACUACAACGUCACCAUCUUCGGCCGGGAGUUCCACCUGCGUCUUCGCCACAACGCCAGGCUGGUGGCCCCCGGAGCCAAGAUGGAGUGGCGUGACGACAGCGACGACGUCCGGUUCUCAGAGUCCCUGCAUGACGGUUGUUUGUUUGUGGGCGACAUCACUGACACACCUGGCGCCACUGUGGCCAUCAGCAACUGUGACGGCUUGGCUGGUAUGAUCAAGACAGAGCAAGAUGAGUUCUUCAUUGAGCCCGUGGAGGGUGAUGGAGUGAUCAAGGAAGACGAGGAAGAAACAGGAAGGACACACAUUGUCUAUCGCUCCUCUGCUGUUAAGAAAACGCCCAUCAGCAACCAAGCUGCCUACUACCACUCCAGAGGUGCUCAGCUCGGAGGUCUGAUGGAUCUGGAGUCUCUGUAUCGUGGUGUUGAGCAGAGCAUCAACCACACCCGAGCCGGACGAGCCCGCCGACAGACCAUGGAGCGGGCCUACAACAUCGAGGUGCUGCUGGGUGUGGACGACUCAGUGGUCCAGUUCCACGGGAAGGACCACGUCCAGAAGUACCUGCUGACGCUGAUGAACAUCGUGAACGAGAUCUACCAUGACCACUCUUUGGGAGCGAAGAUCAACGUGGUGCUCGUGCGGAUCAUCAUGCUGGGAUAUGGAAAGUCCAUGAGCCUGAUUGAACUGGGGAACCCUUCCCAAAGCCUGGAGAACGUGUGUCGCUGGGCUUUCCUGCAGCAGAAGCAGGACACAGGAGAUGCCGAGUAUCAUGACCACGCUAUCUUCUUAACCCGCCAGGAGUUUGGACCAACUGGAAUGCAAGGUUACGCCCCGGUGACAGGGAUGUGUCACCCUGUGAGGAGCUGCACUUUAAACCAUGAAGACGGGUUCUCCUCCGCCUUUGUGGUGGCACACGAGACUGGCCACGUACUGGGGAUGGAGCACGACGGUCAGGGGAAUCGUUGUGGAGACGAGGUGCACAUGGGAAGCAUCAUGGCUCCGCUGGUCCAAGCUGCCUUCCACCGCUUUCACUGGUCCAGAUGUAGCAUGCAGGAGCUAGGACGCUAUCUUCAUUCUUACGACUGUCUCCGUGACGACCCCUUCGACCACAACUGGCCGUCGCUGCCUCAACUUCCUGGUUUGCACUACUCCAUGAAUGAGCAGUGUCGCUUUGACUUUGGUGUGGGCUACACCAUGUGCACCGCGCUACAAAAGGCGGGGCAGUCAGGAACGCAGUACCGUACCUUCGACCCAUGCAAGCAGCUGUGGUGCAGCCAUCCAGAAAACCCCUUUUUCUGCAAAACCAAAAAAGGGCCUCCGAUUGAUGGAACCAUGUGUGGGAACGGAAAGCAUUGCUUCAAAGGUCACUGCAUCUGGCUGACCCCUGACAUCAUCAAGCAAGAUGGCAACUGGGGUUCCUGGAGCGAGUUUGGACAGUGCUCUCGAUUAUGUGGUGGAGGAGUUCAGUUUCGCACGCGCGACUGCGACAAUCCCAGACCUGCCAACGGAGGUCGGACGUGUGUUGGCGCCACUUACCAGUUCCAGAUGUGCAACACCGAGCCAUGUGAGGAUAUCUACAGCGACGCCAGAGAGGAGCAGUGCCACGCCUGGGACCCGCCAUAUGAAGUGCACAGCAGCAAGCAGCAGUGGCUGCCCUACGAGCACCCAGACCCGAAUAAGCGCUGCCACCUCCAUUGCCAGUCAAAGGAGACCCGAGACGUGGUCUUCAUGCACAGGCCGGUUCUGGACGGCACGCGCUGCUCUUACAAGGAUCCCUACAGCGUGUGCGUGCGCGGGGAGUGUGAGAAAGUGGGCUGUGACGGCGUGGUGGGCUCCUCCAAGCAAGAGGACAAGUGUGGAGUGUGUGGCGGGGACAACUCCAGCUGCAAGAUCAUUAAAGACACCAUAACCCGCAGCACCAAAAAACAAGGUUUCCUCAAGGUCCUCGAGGUGCCCAGAGGAGCCAGGCACUUGCUGAUUCAAGAGCUGAAGGCGACCGCACACACGUUUGCUGUGAAAAAUGUGGCCUCCGGAAUGUUUUUCUUGAACGGCGAUCAAGAAUACCCCGAGUCACGCUCCGUCAUAGAGAAGGGGGUGGAGUGGGAGUACGAGAAUGACAACAACAAGGAGACGCUUCAGACCACCGGACCGCUCAGGCACGGCAUCCUGCUCAUGGUGAAAAUAAAUGGCGAUGAGGAUGUUAACUUGUCCUACAAGUAUUUGACCAACACCGACAGCGACUCUGCCAUUCAGGACAACAUGCUAGUGGAGGACAGCAUGUACGAAUGGGCCCCGAAAAAAUGGUCCUAUUGCUCCAAGCCGUGUGGCGGAGGGAAGCAGUACCUGAGAUACGGCUGCAGAAGGAAGGUGGACAGCACGAUGGUGCACAAGAGCUUCUGCAAUAAGUCCAACAUGAAACCAAGGGGAGACACUCGAAGCUGUAACCAGAAGCCCUGCCCCCCACCUAUAUGGGUGACAGGAGAAUGGCAGAACUGCAGCAAAACAUGUGGAAAGACCGGGAUGCAAAUCCGCUCCGUCAGUUGUGUCCAACCUUCGGACGACAACACCACACGCUCAAUCCAUAAUAAGCACUGCAACGAUGACCGCCCUGAAACCCGCAGACCCUGCAACCGAGUGCCCUGUCCCACCCAGUGGAGGGUUGGACCGUGGUCUCAGUGCUCAGUGACGUGUGGCAACGGGACCCAGCAGAGACAAGCUUGGUGCCACACCAGGGACAACACAAUCGGCCUGUGUCUGGACAGCAAGCCCGACUCCAUCAGGGUCUGUCGAAUGGAUCCAUGUCCCAAGGGCUCCUCAGACUUCACCAGGAACAACAACAUCCCCAACCAGUUGCACUCCCGCACCAACUCAAACUACCCCAAGAAUUCACGCAUGCGUUGCCAUGGAGACCGCUCUGUUUUGUGUCGAAUGGAUGUGCUGAAGCGCUACUGCGCCCUGCCGGACUACCAGCGCAUGUGUUGCAAGACCUGCAGCAACCUAAACCACACGAUGUCCCUGCACAACACCACGUCCAAGCCGAACCGCCUUUCUACCGUCACUUCCAUUUCCUCCACCAUUCCGCCACCCACUUCCUCAACUCUUCCAGCCUCCACUCCCAUGUAUUAUCAGACCACCAUUUCUGAGACCACUUCAUCCACCUUUGCCACCACUCUCUCCACCUCAGCCACUGCACCCUGCGCCACCACACCGCCUCAUCUCUUUCCUCAGUCGACCCAGGACGCGCGCUCCAGCACAACUCCGUUUUUCACUGUUUCGACCAAUAGCAAGGUCACGUCUCCAACCCCUUUAAUGAUCGACACCACUGUCAGUCCAAGACUGAACACGAGCAAAAAGGUGCUCAAGACAAAACCGAAAAAUAUUCCGCCCAAGAAAACCCAGAAGAAAGGGGCGGGGCCAAAGGUCAGCCCCAAAAAGAAGCCACCUCCCAUUAAAAAGUCCAAAUGGACCACGCCAGCCAGCACCCCCAAAAAGUGCACCGUACCGAAGCCCAAAAUCACCACGGCAGCCGAUAAAGCCAAAACUUCACCCAACCCUCCUAAAAAGUUUACCCCUGCUAAAACCACUGAGACUUCAACAAGCAGCUCCCAGAAGAAAACCCUUCAGGGAAAGACGAAAAAGUUGAAGCCGCCUCUUAAGAGUAAAGCCAGUCCCAAAAAGGCUACCAAGAUGAAAAAAGAGCCCAAAAGUACGUUGAAAAAAGAUGCGACUGUUAAAAAGUCCAAAAAGAAGACAACAACGGUGUCGUACUACACGACUCCGUCUUUCCCGCGCAGCAAGUACGUCACCGCUGCUCUUGCAACCGAACCAAAGGCGACUCAGGAUCUCAGCCCAGACAGUACCUUGGUUCCUCCGAGCAUAUUAGUUGUAGCCACGGAUUCUCCCGAAGUGUUGAGUUUUGAAGAUGCGACAAUGCCCAGUGGCACCACGCCGUACACUGACGUGCCAGUCAUCAGCAGCGGUGACAUCGCAUCGUCCGGCGGAGCCUUCAUCAGUGGCGACGAUGUCACCGUGUCGUACGGCAACGGAGGUGCAGCGAGUGACACGAUGGUUCUGGACGACGGCCUGACCAUUCCAACCAUCAACAGCGAGGACAUGACCGAUCUGUCGUCCACGCCGUGGCUGGACCUGUCAGAGUACAUCCCUGUCAGCGUCCCCGUUCCCACGGCGCCGCCGGACACCGCUGCCACCACGUUGGCCGCCACAGUCAAACCUCAACCUCAGCACGAGGAAAGCAACUCCGUCGACGUGCAGGACAACCUCGGCGUGGACGUCAGCGUCUCCCAGAACAACCUGAUCCCAAAGAGCCGGAUCAGUUUCAGAGAAAAAACCAAGAACAAACGGAUUCAGGAACUUUUGGAGGAGAAGAGGAACUUUCUCCUUCGAAUGAAGAGAGGCCACACUACAUGACUGUACGUUUCUCUUAUAGAGAAAUCCUUUUGUCAAGAGGCGUCCUGAGGCCUGUCGAGGAGAACAGUCGAGUUUCUGUGUCAGUCAGGGUCAUUUAGGGGGAAAAAAAACCAUAUCAGCAGGUUCUUUGGGUGCAGCAAAGUAUGCAUCAUUUUAUGUUUAAACGGAAAACAUAUAACAAAAGUGAAAAUAGCACUUUAAAACCCACUCCCCGUUAAUAACAUCUUAAAAGAAAUAGGUUUUGGGGACAUCAAAAUUGGUCACCCAACUCUUGGAAGCCAGUUCGAGAAGACAAAAACAGAAUUAUAGAGAUUAAAAACCAAGCAAAGAUUGAUAUUUAGGUGUGGAGUAUUGCACAGAUCAGGUGCCAAACUGUUUUUUUUUUUUUGUAGUACUACAAAAUCUAAAAACACCUCAUUGUCUUGAUAAGCAAUAUAUUAAUAUGAUACAUGAACUUGUGGUCAAAUGAUACUCCUUGCAGUAUUGGUGCGUUCAUUUUGAAAUAUGUUAAGCAUUUGUCUUAAAAAAAAAAAAAAUCUGUAACUAUGGUGCUAGUGAUACAAUUUAUUCUGACUAAUUUUGUAUGUGCAAAAAAAAAAAAAGAUUUAUCUAUGCAAGAGCUUUACUGGUGGUCCUACACCACUUCUCUAAUGGAGUUAUUAUUUGUAUAUGUUUAACUUGCAGCAACUGCAAAAGCACAUAAGAAUAUUUUUUACCACAUCUGUACAUAUGAAUAAAGAAAGUAAUGUUUUAUAUUUAUUAAAGUUUGAGUACCU